AUGCAAAAUCAGAAAAGUGUCAUAGAGGUAAACAGAGGAGAAGUUGGCGCCAUACAUGAAGAAUUUAAACAUGCAAAUUCAAAAUAUAUGAAAAAUAAUGAAAAUGAGGGAGAAAGUGAGGAUGACGAUAUUACUUGGUCUCAGGUUUUUAACAUGAUGUAUAAUGAUGCUAAAGAAAUAAUUUCUCCUAUUUCCAAGAUUGUAAAUUAUGUAGCUCCAGACCCCAAUGAGGAAGAUUCUAGGCAAGCAAGAGCAGCAUUUGAAGAGAAGAUGUCAAAGCAAGUAAAACAACCAAUCAGAAAGUACAAAAUUGGGUCUCCUGGAGCAAUUCAUAUGUAUGAUAAAGCUACAGGAGAGAUAGUUUCAAUACCAAGGAGGGAGAAUUUAUUUGACCAACAAAGUUUAGGAGCUGAUGGUAACACUGUAUUAAUUAAGAAAAGGGGAUUAUUGGGUAACUUAAAGGAGGAGAAUGUUAAGGACCCAAUGGAAAUUAUAGAAUCAGCACAGAAUAUUGAAUCUUUCACUGGGACUGUCCAAGAAAUUGAAAAAGAGAAAGGACGUUUGGGUUUGGGCUGGCAAAUUGAGGGAGACCAAAGCGGCUCAUAUAGUGAUAAUAGUGGUAGUAGGAGGCAUAGCUCUCCUGGAAUAAAGAAUACUCCGAGUACUCAAUGUAAUACAGAUUCUUCUCCAUGUACGAGGUUUGAAGAAGGAAGAAAUGGGAAAGAAGAAAGGGAUAGAGAUAUAUACGAAGAUGAAAAAAGUGAUCAAGUUGACAAAGAAGAUUCCGAAUACUAUGAUGAUGAAAUCAACCAAGGUAUGAGAAAACUUCACAUUAAUAAUCAACAAAAAGGAAAAGGUCCAGGAGCUGAGUUAGUAAUACCAAGAUUAUCAUUAACUGAGAAACGGAGAUCUAUCUCAAAGAAAUGUUCUGAAGAGGAUUUAGCUACUGACAAAGAUCACGCCUUAUAUAGAAUGCAUAGCGAAAGAAGACUUAAUUACUAUAAAAAUAGAUCUGAUAGAGUACCUCAUGGUAACUAUCAUUCCCACGCUUAUACAAUGGAGAAUUUAGCCAGUACAAUUCAAAGACCGAUAACAACAUCCAGAGAAGAAAUCCUUAAAUUAUACACAAAAGAGGAGCUCAAUAAGAUUCAGUCAUUUGUAGAAAAGGCUAAUGAGCUGGUUUAUGAGGGUCCUCUUGAGAAGAAGAACUCUUGGUCUUGGGGGCACAAACUUAGAUGGGUUAAGUUAUAUAAAUGUGAGAUGCAUUACUUUUUAUCUCCUAAAGAAUCAAAUAUUAGAUCAAAAACACCUCUUGGAGUUAUUAAUUUCAAAGUAGCUGAAUGGAGUUUACAGAUUUCUGACUCUGACGAAAGGACAUUUACUAUAGCAGCUCGUGGAAAUACAAGUAAUGGACGAGGGUACCAGUGGAGGAUUCCUACAAAUUCUGAGCAAAGUAGAAAAUCCUGGACUACAAGAAUUGAAAAGAUUCUCAAAGCAGCAGCUUUUAUGCAACAACUAAAGGGAAUUAUCAGGAUCCCAGCCUAA